CCGAAGUUUCCAAAAGGAAUGCGGGACAUAUCUGCUAAAUACAACUAUAUUCAAUCUAUUGAUGAUGCAUUUGAAGAAUUAACUACGCUUAUUCGACUGACAUUAGAUGGCAAUAGUAUAAGAGUGGUCAAGAACACAACAUUCAAAGACACGAUGCAACUUUCUUUUAUAACCAUGAAAAACUGCAGUAUUGAGGAGAUUCAACCAAACACAUUUACAAUGUUAAGUGGUCUCUCGUAUCUCAACAUUGGAGACAACAAUCUUGUCACAAUUGAAGAGGACAUGAUUUCUCUAAACGGUUCCAGCCCUUGUGAGAUACUUCUAAAUGUACUUGCGCUAACUGAAAUAGCAACAGGGAGUUUCAGAAAUCUUGGAUACAGCUCAUCCGUAUAUUUGCAAUACAACUCGAUUGCAACCAUUCCUCCGAGAGUGUUUCAGUCACGUGUGUUAAAAAACUUAGACUUGUCUAGUAAUAAUUUGACGCAUAUACACCCUGAGGCAUUUGCUGAGUUGGGAAGUGUAGCGUACGUGUCAUUAGGUAAUAACCGACUGACAGAAAUUCCUCUUGCUGUUUAUAGUCUGAAGACGGAGUGGUUCUUAAUAUUGAGUUUAAACUAUAUUGAUCUAAGUUCUCAACAAAAUAGUAGCAUCCUUGCUCACUCGCCGAAGAGAUUAAUUCUGUCAAAAAAUAGCAUUCGAUUUAUUUCAAAAAAUUAUUUCUGUGGGCUGAAAACUCUGCAAGAAUUAUUUAUUUAUCUUAAUGAGAUAUCAUAUAUAGAAGAUGGAUCUUUUAGCGGAACCAGCCUCCAGACUAUCUAUAUCUACGGUAAUAAAUUAACGAAAAUCACAAGUGAGAUGUUUAACGUACAAAUUGGAUCACUUAAAUAUCUUUAUAUAUUCAAUAAUCCUAUUGAAGAUAUGGAGCAUGGAGCAUUGUCCCCUUUUGCACCAAACUCAACAGUGAAGUGCUUAACUGAUAAAACACAGAUCAAAUUUCAUAUCACCAAUUUUAAUCGUGACUUGACAUUUUAUGGUAUGACGUGCACGACAACAACAUGUGAGCCUUGUGCUCCCGGUUUUUACGGGAAACUAUCGGGAAUAGGCUGCAACCCUUGUCCACAAGGUGGUUUCUAUCAAGAGCAGCGUGGACAUUUAAAAACCGGUAAUUACACAACCGACUGUAAACGGUGCCCAAUUGGAACGUUUUCUCCUACUCUUGCAGCUACCACGAUUUUUGGUUGCCGGUCAUGUCCUACUGGAACAAAUACAGCUUCCCAGGCAGCUCUUAAUGCGUGUCCAUGCUUAGAGAACUUCCAUCGCACUUACCGUUACGGCGCAUGUCAGCCGUGUCCAAGCGGUGUCGAUUGCGCAGUGAUUCUUCCCUAG